AUGGGAGGUAUAGAGCAAAGCAGUCUUUACAUUAAAGUCAGUCCGUCCUUUAACAAAUCCAUGAGGACAUCGGCAACCAUAUAUGUUGACGAGGAGCUAAGAAAGCCUCUAAUGUCUGAGCUAGAGGCUGGGAAGGGCUUAUCCUCCAUCGGUCAGAUAUCCGAUGUCUGCUCCUUGCCGGGGCUCAUUGGCGAUGUCAUAGGACUGCCAGACAUACACACGGGGUAUGGAUUCCCCAUCGGAUCCGUUGCUGCAUUUGACAUAAACAACCCAGAGUCGGUUGUAAGCCCUGGAGGUGUGGGAUACGACAUCAACUGCGGGGUUCGGGCGCUAAGAACCAAUCUCGACAUCGGCGGGUUCAGGGGAAAGGCAGAUGCCCUUGCCGACGAGCUGUUCAACAUAAUACCCACUGGAAUGGGUAGUGACAGGAGAUCAAGGAUUGGGCUAGACGUGCUGAACUCGGUUCUAGAGCAAGGACUGGGCUAUCUGCUGAAAUCAAAGGAAAUAUCUGACGAGGACGUCGAGUAUUGCGAGAGCAAUGGAUGCAUGGCUGGAGACAGCCGCUUUGUCGGUCAGAAGUCGAAGGGCAAGGGAUUGAAUCAGCUUGGAACCCUUGGGUCUGGAAACCACUAUCUCGAGGUGCAGUAUGUCGACGAGGUGUAUGAUGCAGAAAAGGCAGGCAUAAUGGGGAUAGGGAAGGGGCAGAUUGUCGUGAUGAUACACACUGGAAGCCGAGGCCUUGGGCACGGAGUGUGCCAUAGCUCGCUGAUGAAGAUGGCAGGAAAGGCUUUGGAUUGUAGUCAACUUGCAUGCUCCCCCUAUAACUCGAAAGAGUCUCAAGAAUACCUUCUCUCUAUGGGAUGUGCAGCAAACUUUGCCUUCGUCAACAGAGCGAUGGUAACCGAAAAGGCCAGGCAGGCAUUUGGAAAGGUAUUUCCGGGGUCAAGGCUUGAGCUGGUCUACGAUGUUUGCCAUAACAUUGUAAAGAUAGAGAAGCACAGGGUUCAUGGGGUGGAGUAUGACGCGAUUGUGCACAGGAAAGGGGCAUCCAGAGCAUUUCCUCCGCACCAUCCAGACAUUCCGUGGAAGUACAGGGAGAUAGGACAGCCUGUAGUGGUGGGAGGGUCGAUGGGAACGUACAGUUAUAUUCUGUGUGGAUCAGAAAAGUCCAUGGACCUGAGCUUUGGGUCGACAUGCCAUGGGGCAGGACGUGUCCUUUCCAGAAGCAUGUCAAAGACCCUGUUUACCCAUGAGAGCGUCUGCGAUCUUCUAAGGAGCAGGGACAUAGUAUUCAGGUGUCCAAGUGACCUUGGGGUCGUUGAAGAAGCGCCUGGGUGCUACAAGGACGUCAAUAGAGUUGUUGACCUAAGCGACAGGGUCGGGCUGACAGAAAAGGUUUGCCGUCUCAAGCCAUGCCUGGUCAUUAAAGGCUAG